AUGCCAGGCCAACUCGGAGUGAUUCUGAUUAAACUUACUACGGUUCAUGCGUCCAUCUGCCACAUCUACGCAGGCGCCCGCAGCAGUCAACGGCAAAGUUUCGUUCAAAGCAUAGUGGAAGCUGCGCGCCUAUCCCUGGACCCUGCGCCAGGAGCGGUGGAUAAGACCGCAGUUUGGGGCCUGUACUGCAUGUAUGGGAUCGUAGGGCUGAUCUACGGCUUUGUUUCGAACUACAUCAACAUCCCGAUCUGUCAAUACGUCUUUGGCCCACUUGGGGCCUCUGGACGCGCUUCGGUGCAGCAAUGUAACAUCUCGGUGUCACUUACCCAGAUGCCCUGGAACUUCAAGAUCUUCUAUGGUCUCCUGCUAGAUCAGAUCGGACUCUGCGGCAGUAGGCGGCGGGGAUGGAUCAUCUUUGGAUGGACCACAUCACUGGUCAUCCUAGCCUGCAUGUCGAUCCUGGCACAAAAUCUUGCGGACGAGGGCAACUUUGCAGUGUACAUGAUGCUACUUGUGGUCAUGUGUUUCUUCUACAUCUUUGCGGAUGUGGCUGGAGAUGGGAUGACCAUUGAGUUGAGCAAGUUGGAGCCGCCUGAAACGAGAGGCUACAUCCUCACCACGGGCCAGAUGGUCCGCUUUGCCACGACAACGCUUACCAACGUGCUCGGCAUUUUGGCGAUGAAUGGCAAGUACUACUACCCUCCCGAGCGGCAGGGUGAUUCCAAUGACACCAUCUUCUCGUUCGAGCUUUCGUUCUGGGAGGUGCACCUGGUCUUGGUUUGCAUGGCCUUGCCCUUUUGGGGCUUCAUGGUCUACCUCUUGCAGGAUCCUCCGCAGCAGGUGGUCACGAUGCAUAGCCCGCAGGAUGUGGCAAAGGUCAUGUGGAAGGUCAUGAAGACCAAAGUCAUGCUCUACCUCAUCAUCUUCGCGUUGGGCAACAUGGCCAUCGCUAGCCUGCUGAAUCCGGCUCAGAACAUAAUUGCGUUUAUCGCUGCGCCCUCGACACUUCAGAACUCGGUUGGCACCUUUGCUGGGAACGCGAUGUUCCUUCUAGGCGUGUUCCUCUUCCGGCGAUAUUUCAUGACGCGAAACUGGCGCAUGACAUUCGUAUGGACUGCCAUGAUACUUGCCUUAAACAAUGGCUUCCAGCUCAUGGUCAUUUACAACGCAUGGGGAAUCGGUCAAGACGGCUGGUUCUAUGCUUUUGGCAGCAACAUUUUGAUGGUGAUCCAGGGGAUCGCGCAGGUGCUGUCAAGCCUCGCAGUCGUGGAAAUAUCACCUGCGGGCUACGAGGCUUCCGUGUAUGAGUUCCUGACGACCAUCCACAAUGCCGGAAUUACCUUGAAUUCGAACCUGCAGAACUUGUUUGUUCCCAUCUUCCAUUUGAACGGCAUCGCUCAAUCUUACUUUCCGACUCCAAGCAAUCCCAACCCACCGCAAGAUGAGUUUAACGCCGAUAUGGCCCGGGCGACGUAUUUCACGAACCCCGGCUGCAGUGAGGACUUGUACAUGGUUUAG